GAGCUCAGUCAUUGUAAUGCAGCGAGCUGUGAUCACGGCCAACUUCUCAGAACGAACUGAAGAUAAACGUUAAUUCCCCUUCACGUAACGGGUCGUGCUUUUAACGACUUUUCCUGCGUUUCUUAAAAGUAACACAGUGAUGUUUUCCCGCAUUGUCCCGCGAGAUCGAAAGCAGGACAGAGGGGUGAACGGAAGAAAUGGUGUAACGCUACCCAGCUAUCAUAUGGAUUUGAAGGAGAGUGCCAUAGAAGCAGAAGGACAGAUGACUAUUGCAUUAAACGAAUAGGAACGCUGCUGGAUCGCGGUUUUUUAUGAACUGACCUGUCAUUAUAUAAGCGGCACUGCUUGUCUAUAUGUAAAAUAGAUGUCGGAACACAUCUAGAUAUUAUUUAUUACGAUUUAUCUGCUGCGUUGUAAUUGUAAAUAUUGUUGGAUUUCCUCUGGCUGUCAUUUUUAGCCAGCUAGCGAUGGGAAACUCAAUGACCCACAGCGCCGUUAUUGCGUUAACGAGGCACUAUUACAGUAAGAGAGCGAGGGCGUUUGCAACCUCUUUCUUUCCAUUUAAACUGAACUGACAUCAUGUAGCUUGGAAACUAUAUAGUUUGAGAUUAAUUAAUAGCUAUUUUAUCUAGCUAAUGUCUUGUUAACUGGGUCAGAGAGCGACAACGGAACUAGUUAUGUGCAUCCUGCGCAUCUAAGUUAGCUAGUAAACUUCACAUUUAGCUAACGUUAUUCCUUUGUUUUGAUUCUGACUUCGUCGUGAUUUUAAGCCAGACAGCUAUUAGGAAACUCUCAAGUGUACUAAAUCGUCUUUCGCAUUGAUAAUUUGGGGAUGACAGGGUUCUCGGACAGACUGUCGUCUGGAUUAACGAGAGUUUGAAGAACUUGUCCGCGAUAACCUCUCCAUUACAAGCUGCUGUGUAUCACUGGACACCUGCCAGAAAAUGGAGACGGUGGGAGACUUUGAAUACAGCCGAAAAGACCUCGUCGGACACGGAGCCUUUGCUGUCGUCUUCAAGGGAAGACAUAAAAAGAAGACUGAUUGGGAGGUCGCCAUCAAGAGUAUUAACAAAAAGAAUCUCUCCAAAUCUCAGAUUCUGCUUGGCAAAGAAAUCAAAAUUUUAAAGGAACUCCAACAUGAGAACAUUGUGGCGCUGUAUGAUGUCCAGGAAACCCCAAGUUCUGUAUUCCUGGUUAUGGAGUACUGCAAUGGAGGAGACUUGGCAGACUAUUUGCAAGCCAAGGGCACUUUACGAGAGGACACGCUGAGGGUCUUUCUACAGCAGAUUGCAGCAGCCAUGCGCAUCCUCAACAGCAAGGGGAUCAUUCACAGAGACCUCAAACCUCAGAACAUCCUGCUGUCCUACACGGGCCGCAAGAAGUCCAGCAUCAACGGCAUACGCAUCAAGAUUGCUGACUUUGGUUUUGCAAGAUAUCUCCAGAGCAACAUGAUGGCGGCCACAUUAUGUGGAUCCCCAAUGUACAUGGCUCCAGAAGUGAUCAUGUCCCAGAACUAUGAUGCCAAAGCUGACCUGUGGAGCAUUGGGACUGUCAUUUAUCAGUGCCUCGUGGGAAAGCCGCCUUUCCAAGCUAACAGUCCACAGGACUUGAGGAUGUUCUAUGAGAAGAACAAGACUUUGGUGCCAAACAUCCCGAGAGAGACGUCUCCUCAAUUGGAAGAUCUGCUGCUGGGGCUGCUCCAGAGGAACCAGAAGGACCGUAUGGAUUUUGACACUUUUUUCAGUCAUCCUUUCUUGGAACCGACAUCAACUAUUAAAAAAUCAUGCCCUGUGCCAGUGCCUACGUGCUCUGGCUUGGUCACAGACAGCACAUGUGGCAGCUCUCCUUCCUGUCGUUACGUCUCUCCGCCGUCCCUGCCAGACAUGCAGACUCUCCCUGAGGACGUGUUGUCCUCUCCACCUCUCGGCCCUCCCAACUACCUGCAGCUGUCCAAAGAGUCGGGCGGCAGCACCAGCAGCAAGAACUCCUCCUGCGACACUGACGACUUUGUGCUGGUGCCCCAUCUCUCUGGAGAACAGUCCUAUGACCCUUCAAUGGGUGCAGUGGCCCGCAGACCGUCCAGUGAAUUCCUUCUGUGUGGAGGGCCACAGCAGCCAUCCUCCGGACAGAUCCCAAUGGUAUCACCUCGAAGCGAGACCACGCCGAUACCUGUGCCCACACAGGUACGGAACUACCAGCGUAUCAAACAGAACCUGUCCAGCAGCCCAACCACAACACUUUAUGGCUCUCCCAGGUCAGGCACAGUGCGGCGCUCCAACACUAGCCCCAUGGGCUUCCCUAAAAUGGUGUCUGGGUCGCCUAGCCCUGCAGAUACGGUCCAAACGGUGGGGCGACGUCUCUCUACGGGCAGUUCCCGGCCCUACUCCCCCUCUCCACUGGUGGGCACUAUUCCUGAGCAGCUCGGCCACUGCUGCUGUGGACAUCCCCAGAGCCAUGAGGCACGCAGUCGCAGCUCCUCAGGCGGUUCCCCUGUACCGUCUUCUCAAUUACUGGGCGCUCGUCUUCAGAGUGUGCCCACACUGACUGACAUUUACCAGAACAAGCAGAAGCUUCACAAGCAGCUGUCUGACCCAGUUCACCCCACCGCCUCAGCCUACCCCACCAGCCACUCCCCUCAGCUUGGUCGCCCCGGCAACCUAGGCACCUCCCCCACCAAGCACCUUGGCUCCUCCCCUCGCACCUCUGACUGGUUAACGAAGUCACCGCUGCCCACCAUCAUCGGCUCACCCACUAAGGCAACCGCUCCAUUCAAAAUCCCUAAAACUCAAGCCUCGUGCAAUCUCAUGGCCCUGGCCUCUCAGCAGGGUAUGGCCGACAGCCCCAUCCCAGUUAAAACACUGAUGGAUGGGCGUGACCUCUGUGUACAUCACUGCUCAGCAUAUCCCAGCAGCCGCCAGUGUGCACCAGAGGCCAGCAAGACUUCCUUUGGCAGGUCUGUAAGUGCUGGUAGACUGUCUGAGCAGCCGGUGCGGAUCACUUUGGGAGGACAGCCGUACCAGGGCAGCACAGACAGCCUCAACACAGAGAGACCCAUGGACACAGCCCCAGCAGGGACUUGCGGUUUGGCAGCAGGCAGGGCAAGUCCCCGCACCGUUGUGUUCACGGUGGGCUCGCCCCCCAACAGCAGCACCCCUCCCACCUGCAGCCAUCUCGCCUCCCGCCCGCGCACCACCUCAGUAGGCUCCAACAGCUCGGCCGGCUCGCUGUGCUCCACCAGCGGUAAGGUGUAUAUGGGCUCUCCCCCGGGCAUGACCAUCGGCAGCUCCCCACCAGGAGCGGAAGCGGCUCCCAGCAGUCUGCGCUAUGUCCCUUACGGCACCUCCCCGCCCAGCUUGGAUGGAUUCAUCACCUUUGAAGCUCCAGAACUGCCAGAGGAGACACUGAUGGAGCGUGAGCACACAGACACUCUGAUGCACCUGCGGAUGAUGCUGUCCUUUACGGACUGUGUGCUGGAGAUCGCUUCUCUCCGGCCCAGAGGGCCCGAUCUGGGUGCGUCCGCCGCCUCUCUCUACCCGCCCCAGGACAGCGUGGUGGUGGAUCAGAUCAGUCAGCUCAGUAAGGAGUGGGGGCAGGUGGAGCAGCUGGUGUUGUACAUGAAAGCCGCACAGCUGCUGGCCUCCUCACUGCACCUGGCCAAAGCUCAGAUCAAGUCUGCCAAACUCAAUCCAUCCAUGGCCGUCAAACAAGUGGUGAAGAGUUUGAACGAGCGCUACAAGAGCUGCAUUUCCUUGUGCCGCCGGCUCACGGACAAACUCAACCACUUCUUCUCUGACAAGCAGCGAUUUGUGGAUGAGAUCAACAGUGUAACAGCUGAGAAGCUCAUUUAUAACCAUGCUGUAGAGAUGGUGCAGUCAGCUGCACUAGACGAGAUGUUCCAGCAGACAGAGGACAUCGCAUAUCGCUACAACAAAGCCUCCAUGCUGCUGGAAGGCCUUUCCAAGAUCCUUCAGGACCCAGCUGAUAUAGAAAACGUCACCAAAUACAAGGCAAGCGUGGACCGGAGGAUCUCAGCUUUGUGUUACUGCACCGUGACCCUGUACGAAUAAAGAGCAUGAUCUGUAAAAUCUCAGCCAGUGCUCUUACUCCAGGGACCAUCAUCUUCUCAAACCACAGAGCAAGACUAAACAAAUCCCACGUUUUUGUUUUAUAGCAAAGCACUUUCAGUUCCUUUUGAUUCCGUUCAAUCACAAGCAACAGACCAAGUAUUAAAUUUUUUGAGAAGGAUGUGCAUAAGUUCACUACCAAAGAUGAAAGCUAAACAGAGACGUAAUAGUAUGAAAAAGCCGUUGGACCUGCAUUUGGAUCCAUCUUCUGUUUUUCCCUAUUUGUUUUUUUUUUACAUGAACUAAAGGGAUUUUGGACUGGGAAUCCUUGGAGGCCCAGCAAAUGAACAUCAAUGCAAAUCAGUUCAUCUUAUUGUUUUAUACCGCACUCUAUUGCUCUGAUUAUUUAUUGUUUUUUUAGAAUGAUAUGCUAGUGUUAUUGAUGAUAGUGUUGAAAGACGACAUGGGCCGGAUGUGAAGCCCAAAGUUGGACUGUAAUUUCUGGUACCACACACAUACACAGUCACAUGGUUGAACUUAGGAGGAAUCUGUAGUAUUUACAAAAUCAGCUUUGAAGCAAAUGCACUUUAUUGAGGCAGAUGUGAAAGACGCUUGUCCUAGAACAUCUGGCAGAAGGUGGAGAUCAUGAUUCUCCAAGGCUCUGGUUUCUUCCUAUCUCCAUAUCUAUAAUCCUCUGAGAAUGAGUGUCUGGAAGGCCCGUGAGCAUCAGGUUGGAUGGACAUUGGCGCCACAUAAGAGCCUCGUGGUGAAUCAUCCAUAAUGGUCAAAAUACUUGAGUAGUUACUUACCUUUUGAUUCAGCCAUACUCAAACGUUUUUAUGUUCAUAUUAAUACUGUAGCUUUUUUUAACCGAUGGGCGUGAGCUGUAAAUACUUGUACAUUCUGCAUGUGUGUGUUUUUAUUUUGGAGUGAAUGCAAGCGAGCACAGCGUGACUGAAGAAGGUGGAUGCUGCCGCCACCAUCCCUGCCUCUCAACUUAAGAGCACAAGAUUUUCUUGUUUUUAGGGUUUUUUUGUUUCUUUGUAGAGGCAAUAGACACUGACAACUUCCACAGAUUCUUCGAGGCCUCACAGAAAGCUCAAGACCUCACUUUGCAUGGCAGCUCUUGUUGAACGCCCAUGAAUAUCUUGUGUACGAUAAAACAUUGACUGUGCGGGAUGUGGAUGUCACAGGUAAAUGGGAUAGAGCCACUGCAAGGCUCUGCUUUUCCCCAUUCAUCCACUGUGCUCAUGACAGUGUUCGUGCAACUGCACUUCCCAGGUGCUGCAGUGGCCAGUUUCAGGAUACUGAAGAACUGAAAGCAUGACUUUGAGUAGUCUACUUUCACUUGUAUAUGUUUUUGAACUCCUCGCUCCCUCUUUCCUGCACUCUCUCUCUGUUUUUAUUUUUAAAACAGCCCCUUGUGAGCCUACAAAGCCUUUACUGUACAGAAAGAGAAGGCUGUUCUGCAACAAAUCCAUGCAUAUCUGUAGUUGUAGGACUUCCUUUUCCAGGUCUGAGGAGAACUGUGUACAGUAGAAAAAAA